CUUCCCUUUAUCUCCUUCAACCACCAAACUCUUCUCCCCCAAUUUCCCAGCAACUUCUUCCUCUUCUUUCUUAAUUCCACCCGUUUCUCUUUUAUUUUGAUUCCCAUUUUACCUGUUUCUCUGUAAUUUCUUCUUCUAUGGCUGCCUCCACCGCUCAGAUCCAUGGCCUCGGAGCUCCCUCCUUUGCUGCCGCUUCCAUGCGGAAAUCUAACCAUGUCUCUUCACGCACUGUGUUCUUCGGCCAGAAACUUGGCAAUUCUUCUGCUUUUCCCACCGCCACUUUUUUGAAUUUGAGGAGUAACAUUAGCCGUAGGAAUUCUAGUGUCAGGCCAUUGAGAGUUGUUAAUGAGAAAGUUGUGGGAAUUGACCUUGGAACUACUAACUCCGCUGUUGCGGCCAUGGAAGGUGGGAAGCCCACUAUUGUAACUAACGCCGAAGGGCAGAGAACGACGCCAUCGGUGGUGGCUUACACGAAAAACGGAGAUAGGCUUGUGGGUCAAAUUGCGAAGCGACAGGCAGUUGUAAAUCCUGAGAAUACUUUCUUUUCGGUGAAGAGGUUUAUUGGUAGAAAGAUGUCGGAGGUGGAUGAGGAGUCCAAACAGGUCUCCUACCGAGUAGUGCGCGACGAGAAUGGAAAUGUGAAGCUGGAAUGCCCCGCGAUUGGAAAACAAUUUGCCGCUGAAGAAAUUUCGGCUCAGGUCUUAAGGAAGUUAGUGGACGAUGCUUCCAAGUUUCUGAAUGAUAAAGUAACCAAGGCUGUGGUGACAGUGCCUGCUUACUUCAAUGAUUCUCAAAGAACGGCCACAAAGGAUGCUGGUCGUAUUGCUGGUCUUGAAGUUUUGCGUAUUAUCAAUGAACCCACUGCCGCUUCAUUAGCUUAUGGAUUUGAGAAGAAGAGCAAUGAAACUAUCUUGGUGUUUGAUCUUGGUGGGGGUACUUUUGAUGUUUCAGUGCUUGAGGUGGGCGAUGGAGUGUUUGAAGUGCUUUCUACAUCGGGAGAUACACAUUUGGGUGGUGAUGACUUCGACAAGAGGAUAGUUGACUGGCUCGCUGUAAAUUUCAAAAGGGAUGAAGGCAUUGAUUUGCUGAAAGACAAACAGGCUCUUCAGCGGCUAACUGAGACAGCUGAGAAAGCAAAAAUGGAGCUGUCAUCUUUGACCCAGGCCAACAUUAGUUUGCCUUUCAUCACUGCCACGGCAGAUGGCCCCAAGCACAUUGAGACCACACUUACCAGGGCCAAGUUUGAGGAAUUGUGCUCAGAUCUUCUUGAUAGGCUUAAGACUCCAGUUGAAAACUCCUUGAGGGAUGCAAAACUCUCCUUCAAGGAUAUUGAUGAGGUGAUCCUUGUGGGUGGAUCAACACGUAUUCCUGCUGUUCAGGAACUCGUCAAGAAGAUGACUGGGAAGGAACCAAAUGUCACUGUCAAUCCUGAUGAAGUUGUUGCUCUUGGUGCUGCUGUUCAGGCUGGUGUUUUGGCUGGUGACGUUAGCGACAUUGUACUAUUGGAUGUGAGUCCACUAUCUUUGGGUCUUGAGACUCUGGGGGGUGUGAUGACGAAAAUUAUCCCCAGAAACACUACACUUCCUACCUCCAAGUCAGAGGUCUUCUCCACAGCUGCUGACGGUCAGACCAGCGUGGAGAUUAAUGUUCUUCAAGGCGAACGAGAAUUUGUGAGGGACAACAAGUCACUUGGUAGCUUUCGACUAGACGGUAUUCCCCCUGCACCACGUGGAGUUCCUCAGAUUGAAGUCAAAUUCGACAUUGAUGCCAAUGGAAUCCUCUCAGUUACUGCAAUUGACAAAGGUACAGGCAAGAAGCAAGAUAUCACCAUUACUGGUGCUAGCACAUUGCCAAGUGAUGAGGUGGAGCGGAUGGUUAGCGAAGCAGAGAAGUUUGCAAAGGAGGACAAGGAGAAGAGAGAUGCUAUUGACACGAAGAACCAGGCUGAUUCUGUUGUGUAUCAGACAGAGAAGCAACUGAAGGAGCUUGGGGACAAGGUGCCUGGGCCAGUGAAGGAGAAAGUGGAAUCAAAACUUGGGGAAUUGAAGGAAGCAAUUUCAGGUGGCUCAACUGAAGCCAUUAAGGAAGCUAUGGCUGCUCUAAAUCAAGAGGUGAUGCAGCUGGGACAAUCCUUGUACAAUCAGCCGGGUGCUGCUCCUGGAGCGGGUGCUGGCAGCGAAUCAGGGCCAUCAGAAUCAACGGGCAAAGGACCUGAAGGAGAUGUCAUCGAUGCCGAUUUUACUGACAGCAAAUGAGAAGAUUAAAAUUGGUUUUUCCCUCAAUUCUGAAUAGAAAAUUUUGCUCUCAUCGGGCUCGGAUUUGUAUUUCGAUUUGAUUUUUGUGGGGCAGUAUCGGAUUGGGAUGUUGGUUUGAAAAUUUGAGAAAGGGGUAGCCACUGUCCCAUGAUAUUAGGCUUUUAUAAAAUAGGUGAUCUCUGUAAAACUAAAAUGCUUUACAUGGACACUAUAAACAUAAAUUUGAGUGGCAGCUGUAACUUCCAAAUUUUGCCAUAAGGUGGUUAGCCCACAUAAUCUGCUAGUUAUUUUUUUCUUUG